AUGGAAACAGAUUUCGAAUUAAGAAUGAGUCUUUUAAAAUUGGCUGAAAUUGAAAAACAAUUAUUUUGUCAAGAACAGUGCGUCCCCUGCUCGAUCCAUUCGUCAGAAUCUAUGACAUAUUGGCUGAAUAAAGAGUUCUAUCGUUACAAAAAAGAUAGAAUAAAAAUUACGGAGGAAAUUGAAAUAAAAAAUAAUGAAAUUGAAAAAGGAAAAGGAAAAAAUGAAAGGGAAGUAAAAAACGUUGAUGAAAAUGAAAGAAUUACGGAAGAGAUGUUAAAUUUAAAGGAUGAAAUAUGGAAAAUAUUAAAUGAAAAUAUGAUAGAAGGAAUGAGGAAAAGUAUCAAUAUUAUUAGAUCGGGAGAGGAACGAAAAGAUAUUGAUAAUAAAAGAGAAAUAGAGAUUAAAGAUGAAAAUGGAAUGAGAGAUAAUAAACGAAAUAAUUGUAGUCAUGUAGAAAAUUGGGAGAGAAGGUAUAAUGAAAGGGAUUUCAAAAGAGAUGAUCGAAGAAAUGAUAAGGAAUACGAUCAUUUUAAAGAGUAUAAUACUUCAAUGAACUUGCAGAGAAAUGAAAGGGAAAAUUGGGAAAAAGAAAAUUUUUUCCUAAAUAGAUUUAAUCGUCCGAAGAUUAAUAUGCAAAAUGUAAAAUGUUAUUCAUGUGGAGAAUUUGGGCAUAUAAGUAGAAAUUGUGUUGAGAACGGUGCAAUGUUUAACAAGCAACCGAUUAAAUGUAAUAGAUGUGGAGUAGUUGGACAUAGUAGUGAAAAAUGUUAUGUUCCGACGUAUCGUAUUAUGGGAAAUAAUCAAAGAACAUUUCAAUGUGAAAGAUGUGGAAAAAUGGGACAUGCUAAAGAGAAUUGUUAUGCAAGAGAACCGAUAAAUGGAGAAGCAUUUCCGGCAGUGAAAUACAUAGCACCGGCAUCUAAUGUGAGAGUGCUACAAAAUAAUGAUAUGUUGAAAGAAGAUAAAGUUGAAGUUAUGUGUUUUAAAUGCAGAAAGGAAGGGCAUAGUGCUAUAGAAUGUCGAGAAAGGUGA